AUGAAGAGAAACCUAAAUGAAAAUUCAACUCGAAGUACAGCAGGCUGUUUGCCUGUACCAUUGUUCAAUCAGAAAAAGAGGAAUAGACAGCCAUUAACCUCUAAUCCACUUACAAAUGAUCCAAGUAUCAGUACUGCUUCUGACAGUUAUGACUUCCCUCCUUUACCAACAGAUUGGGCCUGGGAAGCUGUGAAUCCAGAGUUGCCUCCUUUAGUGAAAACACUGAACACAGGGCAAAUGCCACAUUCAGUUUCUCCUCCCCUGAGAAGUCAAGAUUCUAUGUCUAAGUCUAUUCAAUCUAUUCAAUCAAAUACUGAAAGAAGCAAGAGUGGUUGGAGCUGCAGAGAUGACAACAAAAAUACUAGCUGGAAAACUUGGGAUAGAAAUGAUUUUAGGCCUCAAUGUGAAAGGACAAACUUAGUGGCAAAUGACAGAAUAAAUUCUUGUCCAAGGAGUUGGGGAGCUCAACAACAGAAACAGUUGAAAAUAUCCGAACCUCCUAACUCAUCUCAUCAAAGAGAAACUGAAGUACUCAGAGAAACACAUUCAUCAAAAAUACCUGGCUCCACAAUGAGAGGUCUAGACAAAAACAGUGCAUUACAGGCAUUUAAGUCUAAUUUUCAACAAAACCAAUUUAAGAAGAAAAUGUUGGAUUAUAUUCCAGAAGAAAGCACUCUCAAGGAAGGCUCAUUGUAUCAGUUAAAGCUUAAGGAAAAAGAUAAUUCUUUAAGAAUUAUAUCUGCAGUGAUUGAAAGCAUGAAGUACUGGUGUGAACAUGCACAGAAAACUGUACUUCUUUUUGAAAUAUUGGCUGUUCUUGAUUCAGCUGUUACACCUGGUCCGUAUUAUUCAAAGACUUUCCUUAUGAGAGACGGGAAAACUACUCUGCCUUGUGUAUUUUACGAAAUCGAUCGUGAACUUCCAAGACUGAUUAGAGGCCGAGUUCAUAGGUGUGUUGGAAAUUAUGACCAGAAAAAGAAUAUUUUCAAAUGUGUUUCUGUCAGACCAGCAUCUGUUUCUGAACAAAAAACUUUCCAAGCAUUUGUUAAAAUUGCAGAUGCUGAGAUGAGGUAUUAUACUAAUAUAAUGAGUGAAAUUUAA